ACAAGUUCAACCUCAGUCAAUGUAAGCAUACCAUACCACUUUCCUUUAUCAUUUUUAUACUUUCUUAGAAAUUCCAUUUCCCCAUCCUUUUUAUUUCUAACACCCAUUUCUCUGUUACUCACACCUCUCUCUCUCUCUCUAACUGAAGUUUCGGUCUUUAAAGCUCAAAAUCUCAGGUAUAGCGUCUCUCUACCUAAGUCUUCCCUGAAGCUGAUUAUUAGCAAUGAGCAAUCUCAAGCUAGGUGUGGAAGUGGUUGGUGCUCAUGACCUUAUGCCAAAAGAUGGGGAAGGCUCGGCAAGUGCUUUUGUGGAACUUCAUUUUGAUGAUCAGAAGUUUCGGACAACUACGAAAGAAAAAGAUCUGAAUCCUGUUUGGAACGAGAAAUUUUACUUCACCAUUGCUGAUCCAAGCAAAUUACCAAGCCUCGCGCUUGAUGCCUGUGUCUACCACUACAAUAGCAAAAACAAUAAUCCCAAAAUCUUUCUUGGUAAGGUCCGUCUCACGGAAACCUCAUUUGUGCCACUUUCUGAUGCUGUUGUAUUGCACUACCCUCUGGAAAAGAAAAUCACCUUUUCUCGCGUAAAAGGAGAGCUUGGUUUGAAGGUAUUUGUUACCGAAGAUCCUUCUGUAAGAUCCACCAAUGUUUUCCCUGAUCAAAAACCCUCUAUGGAUUCAGAUCAGCACUCAAACAAAGAUCAACCACCGGUAUCUUUGACAGAUUCAUUCCUGAACAUGUUUUCUCGUAAGAAAAAUGUGCCGAAGCACUCAUUUCAUAGCAUUCCUGGUUCUAAUCAAGAAGAACAUAAAUCUUCUCCUCCAGUAGCUGCAAAGAUGGAUGUGGACCAUGUGAAGCAUGGGAUGAAAUCUGGACCUCCUCAGAAAAUCAUGCAUGCAUAUGCAGAUUCGUUGUCUCCAUUUGAUUAUGCGCUCAAAGAGACAAGCCCUUCUCUUGGAGGGGGACAAGUAAUUGGCGGGCGAGUUAUUCGUGGGAACAAGCCAUCCAGCACCUAUGACCUUGUUGAACCGAUGCGUUACCUUUUUGUACGAGUCACAAGAGCUCGCGACCUUCCUUCAAAGACCGGGAGCCUUAAUCCAUAUGUUCAGGUAAAAGCUGGAAAUUUCAAAGGAACUACAAAGCAUUUAGAGAAAAAUCAGGAACCUGAAUGGAAUGAGGUGUUUGCCUUUUCAAGAGACAAUCUGCAGUCAACUACGCUUGAAGUUGAGGUCAAAGACAAAGGUACAAUACUAGAUGAAACUGUUGGUACUGUGAGGUUUGUUCUCCAUGAUGUUCCUACACGUGUUCCACCAGAUAGUCCGUUGGCUCCGGAAUGGUAUCAGAUUGAAAAGAGCGGGAAAAAGAAAAAAGGGGAGUUGAUGCUUGCUGUAUGGUUUGGUACGCAAGCCGAUGAAGCCUUUCCUGAUGCUUGGCAUUCUGAUACACUCUUUCCUGGAGGAAACUCUUCAGUUUCUCAUCAUCAGAUGCGAUCAAAAGUUUACCAUUCACCAAGAUUAUGGUAUGUACGGGUUAGAGUGAUCGAGGCACAAGACUUAAUUCUGUCGGAGAAAUCUCAAAUGUCAGAUGCUUAUGUUAAGGUGCAGACUGGUAACCAGAUUUUGAAGACAAAACCCGUUCAAUCAAGGACCAAAAACAUGCGUUGGGAUCAGGAGCUGAUGUUUGUUGCUGCUGAACCCUUCGAUGAACCUUUGAUUCUUUCCAUAGAAAACCGUAUUGGUCCAAAUAAGGAUGAGACAAUUGGGGCGGUUGUUAUUCCUUUGACCAAAGUAGAAAAGCGUGCUGAUGAUAGAAUUAUCCGUACUAGGUGGUAUAACCUUGAACAAUCCAUGUCCUCUGCAAUGGAUGGGGAACAAGGGAAGAUGAAUGAUGUGUUUUCUAGUAGAAUUCACCUUAGUGUCUGUCUUGAUGGUGGGUACCAUGUUUUCGACGAGUCAACUUAUCAUAGUAGUGAUCUCAGACCGACAUCAAGGCAGCUGUGGAAGAAGCCGAUUGGCGUCUUAGAACUUGGCAUUCUAAAUGUUGAUGGACUUCAUCCUAUGAAAGCCAGGGAUGGAAGAGGAACAUCAGAUGCAUACUGUGUGGCAAAAUAUGGGCGAAAAUGGGUCCGUACUCGAACUCUUAGUAAUACUCUAGACCCAAAAUACAAUGAGCAAUACACAUGGGAAGUUUUUGAUCCAGCUACAGUUCUCACUGUCGGGGUGUUUGAUAAUGGUCAGGUUAAUGGUCCAGAUAACAAAGAUUUGCUAAUCGGUAAAGUUCGGGUCCGAAUCUCAACCCUUGAAACCGGACGUGUUUACACAAACUCUUAUCCUUUACUGAUGCUUCAUCCUUCAGGUGUCAAAAAAAUGGGUGAACUUCACUUGGCCAUUAGAUUUUCUUGUUACUCAAUGGUUGACUUGAUGCAAUUGUAUUUUAAGCCUCAUUUACCGAAAAUGCACUACAAAAGGCCACUCAAUGUUAUGGAACAAGAAAUGUUGCGGCAGCAGGCUGUAAAUGUUGUUGCUUCUCGCCUUAGUAGGGCGGAACCCCCGCUUAGAAAGGAGGUAGUUGAGUACAUGUCUGACACACAUUCGCAUCUUUGGAGCAUGAGACGCAGCAAGGCAAACUUCUACCGUCUGAUGACAGUUUUUUCGGGAUUUCUUUCAGUAGGGCGAUGGUUAGGGGAAGUUUCCACCUGGAAUCAUCCUAUGACAACUGUACUUGUGCACAUACUUUUUGUGAUGCUUGUGUGUUUCCCUGAACUUAUUAUGCCAACUAUGUUUCUAUACGUGUUUGUUAUCGGGAUGUGGAACUGGAGGUUCCGCCCGAGAUGCCCUCCUCACAUGAACACCAGACUCUCUUACACAGAUGGAGUGACCCCCGAUGAGCUUGAUGAGGAAUUCGACACAUUUCCUUCCACAAAGAACCCUGAUGUUGUGCGAUGGAGGUAUGACCGGUUAAGAAGUGUGGCUGGAAGGGUUCAAAGUGUCGUUGGAGAUUUAGCUACUCAAGGAGAGAGAGUCCAAGCACUUGUGAGCUGGCGCGAUCCACGUGCUAGUAGCAUGUUCAUGGCAUUUUGCUUUGUGUCUGCUAUUGUGUUGUAUAUUACCCCUUUCCAGAUGCCUAUUCUUAUGGGUGGUUUUUACUUUAUGAGACACCCUAUGUUCCGGAGUAAGGUACCAGCAGCACCAGUUAACUUCUACCGCAGAUUACCUGCCCUCACAGAUAGCAUGCUGUAAAUGGAAUUUGACCUGCUGACAGUGACAAUGUUUGAAUUUGGCAUGGAGUUUUUGGCAGUGAUUGUAUAAUCCUGGAAGCUAUUUAUCAUGUCUUUGUUUAUUUUGGUGUUGAGUACUAUUGGUAGAGAUCUAUGUAUAAUUGCUGUGGAAAACUGUAGUAUAGUUUUAUUAUUGCUUACUAGCCUUUCCUAUAGUAGCAUUUCAUCUUAUGCUAUUAGGAACCAUGCACAAUGGAACUGGUUUGAUGAUGAAGGAUCUUGUCAAAUAAAUUAUGAUGUUGGACCAAUGAAAUUCCGAUUGACUCA